CCGGUCUCAAGAUGGCGGCAGCCGUGAGGGCCGGAACGGGGGCCCGGGCCGGGAAGGGCCCAGCUCCGCUGCGCUGAAGCCGCCCGGCCCCUCCUGACGGGCUCCAGAGCGGCGGGGAGGGGCCGCAGCCGGACCCGGCCAUGAGCGGAGCGGCGGAGGCGCGGGAGCUGGAAGAGCGGCUGCGAGAGGCGGCGGCCCUGGGGGACGUGGCGGAGGUGCGGCGGCUGCUGGGCGCGGGGGCGGACAUCGACUCCCGCAACGAGAUCAAUGGCUGGACCUGCCUGCACUGGGCCUGUAAGCGGAACCAUGCCCAAGUGGUGUCCUGCCUGCUGGAGGCUGGCGCAGACAAGCAGAUCCUCACUGCCAAGGGAGAGCUGGCAGCACAGCUAACGUCGAAACCAGACAUCCGCAAGAUUUUGGGAGAGGAACAAACUGAACAUCAAGGAGUGAAGGAUUUAAAUUUAUCCAUUGUUGCGAACUACUUGGCCAACCCAUUCCCUAACAUUUACACCGAAGAAAACAUUCCAGGCAGCUUGGCAGAAUCCGAGAAUGAAAGUGCUUCCAUCUCUUCUGCUUCCCAGAGUGAAACUAGCCCUUGUCCAUCAACAACUCAGGCUGAAAGGAUCUGCAUACCCAUGUCAUGCAGCAGCGGCCAGAUUUUCCCAGCAGCGGAUGCAGCAGCCAGGCCACCCCCUAUGCCCACCGUCUCUGCAGCCGCAGCCUGUGCCAGCCCAGGGGUGCCCUACAGCCCCGGCUGCCCCCUGGCCAUGACCCCCAGCCUGGAGCUCUGCUCCCCAGGAGUAUCCGGCCAGGCCUUGCCUCUGCAGCCUCACACCUCCCCCAGCAGCCCCACACCCACCUUCCAGCCCUUCUUCUUCACUGGAACAUUCCCAUAUAACAUGCAAGAACUUGUACUCAAGGUCAGAGUCCAGAACCUGAGAGACAAUGACUUCAUUGAGAUUGAACUGGACAGACAAGAAUUGACCUAUCAAGAUCUGCUCAGAGUGAGCUGCUGUGAACUGGGUGUUAAUCCAGAGGAAGUAGAGAAGAUCAGAAAACUACCCAAUACACUUCUAAGAAAGGACAAGGACGUUGCCAGACUCCAGGACUUCCAAGAGCUGGAGUUGGUCCUAACGAGAAGUGACAGCUCUCCUUUCCGGAACACUGCAGCUGCGCUGAUGGAGCACCCAUGCUACAACAGCAGAGCAUCCAAGCUGACGUACUGACCCUGGGAGCUGCAUCUGCAAUGGGAACACCUGGCAGUGACAUGUGCUGCCCUUUGGAAGGCAGUGACUUAAGUGUGUAUAAAACCUUAAGUUAUUAUUAGGGUUACUGUUUUAACUAGUAUUUUAUAUUUAAUAUCCUGUUUGGUUUUAUUUUUUUACUUGAUACUGUAUUCAGGCAAGGGAUACCUCAUUUGUCCAGUAAAAUCACAGGUUUCCAAUGUAUUUGAAGUUUACUGGUUGUAUCUAGCAGUGUGGGGCACGAAAGGUGUAAAUUAUUGAUAUGAAAAUUUUGUUAAGUACACCCACUCUGACCAAGUAAGACUCAUAGAAAGAUUCAGGAAAUUGUAUGUCUCUGUAUGUACUUCCACAUUAAAUUAAAGAGACACACAAUGGAUAGUUCCUCUCUAAAAGUGUGAAUGUGCAAGUCCUUAAUCUCUUGCCCCUCACAAACACUCACCAAGAUGGGUUGUCUAGAGAUACUUAAUGCUCAGAAGUGGCAGGAGAUAUCCUUUUACUGGGCUGAAAAUAACUGGGAUAAGCAUAUCUGUAUUUAAAUGUUUAUUUCCCCCGUGAGAAUAUUCUACCUCCACCAAAAAAUACAAAAGCCCCUCGUAAACGUUCCUAUUGAGUUGAGUGCCCUUUCAAGAGAAAGCCUAUGUUUCAGAUGGGGAGGGACCCCCAAUCUGUGUCCGUGGUUUUAUUUACUUUCUGACUGAUGUGAGCCUGUGCAUUACUUGCACCAGGUGUCAGUAUUGUCAAGACAGGAAAGCUCUCUGUGGCCCUCCCUUGUACACCAGUUCCAAGGGAGAUGAUUGUUUCUGCCGUGUGAGAAGCACAGCAGUGUCCUAAUGAGAGAUCACAGGUGGAAGGAACAUAGAAUGCUUUUAUGAGCCACUAGAUGGGAAAAACACCACGAGUAAGUAACUAACUUGUAACUUUACAUCCUGCACGGUCUACUGUCACUGUUACAUAGCCUUGUUCUAGCCAGGUGAGUACUGAAAGGGCUGAAUGCCUCCAGGUGCUUUCAACUUUUUUUUCCCCCCCUCUUUGUGGGGAGUGAAAAAAACACAACUCUGGUUAAGCUACAGACUGUUUAACUUGCAUUUAAGCAAGUUAGUAAUGAAAAAAUUCACCUGUGGGUUAAAAUACUUGAGUCACUGCAUUGCCAGAGUAUUAAACAGCCUGAAGCUUCUCUAUAUUAAUGUGGCAGCCUGGAAAGUAACACUUUUGGAAGCUGUUUUCUUUUUUACCAAAAAAUACAAUGCUGACCUUUGCACCAAAACCCUUAAAUGGGUCCUGAGGCGGGUGGAGGGCUCAGGGAUUUGCUUUUUCUGCAUGAGCUGCUUUUUCUCCCCUCUGUUCCCCUCUUCCUCCCCCCCCACCCCAAACUAUUGAUUUUCCUUCCAUUUCUGCUUUAUGAAGCUUCACUAGGCAGAGUUUCUGCACAGCUGAUGGAUGCUGUGUUUGUUGUUGAUCUGGACUGCAGUGUUGACAGUCAAACUAUAAAUAGUACAGCACCAUCUUCUAGUAGAAGCAGCAUGGCUGCCACCCUCCCCGUGUCUAUCUUUACACUGGAAGACUGUCUCAAGCUGCUGCACACCGAGAGAAGACAGAAACCCGUUCUUCCAGCAGAGAUACUUGACUCUGGGCUCAGGAUUUCACCAAGUUACUUAAGCUUAAAAUUCUUGCUUAUUUCAGUCAAAAUAAUUAUCAUCCUUUCCUCCAUGUUCUGCACCCAUCACCUCACCUCAACACUGCUAACUUCCCAUUCUCAAUCCUGGUUUUCGUCCAGCCAGGAGCUGAGAGAACUAGUUAUGUUUAAUGCCGGAUUCAACUCCUGGGAAGCUCAAGACUCUGACACAGUAUGAAGUAAAACUUCUUAACUAAGGUUCCUGCUUUGUUUUUCUUGUAAGACAGGAAAGAAAGUUCUAUUUUAACAAUUGCGUAUUUAUCUCUCCAGCACAGCUUGGAGGCUAGCUUAGAUUAUGUGCAAUAACUGUGUGAAAAGCAGUAGUGGUUAAAUGGUUCAAAAUUAGUAAGAUUAUCUAAUUUGUUUCCAGUUCCGUUAUUUAGGAAGUCAGUGUAAGGACUGUCUCCACUAAUUACUGAGCAUUCUGCUAGAGGGCAGCUGGUUUAAAAAGCUUUAUUUGUCUAGUUUCCACCAAGAAUAACAGUUAAUGUGUUAAGAGUUAAACUCAUAAAUCUGACUGUAAUAACAGUGUAUCUAUGCAUUCACAGAAGUAUUUUUGUAUGUUUUAUGCAGUUUGAUAAACUCUAAGGCACACUAGUUAUGUUAGCUGGUUUUUGCUGGGCUUUUUCUUUAAACAAUGAACUGUUGGAAUGACAACUGAGAUUAAAUUUACAAAACUUGCUGUUUUUCCAAGGAUGCCUUUUGUUUGCACUACAAACUUGUACUGAACUGACACUGCUACUCUUCACUUACAAUAAAGUAUCAGUCAUUUUAAGU